CUCGCGGCGCCCGGGGAUGGGCCAGGGUCCCCCGCGGCGCCGGGAGGAGCGGAGACCGCGGGGCCAGCCGCCGUGCGCCGGGGAGGACGGGCUGCUGCGCCCCGGCCCUGCCCCAGGGGGCUCGGCUCUCCCGGGGGCUGCGGUGAUCGCUGGCGGGCCGGAGCCGUUUCUUUGGGGGGGGGGGGUUGGGGUUUAACCACAAGGGGGGAGAAGGGGGAUCUGUUUACUCAGACCCCCCCGUCUCAAUCCGCCUCCGCCCCCCCCCCCUUUGCAAAUAGCUCCGCGCCAUGACCGCUGGGGAUGGAGCAGAGAGGAUGGUGCCCAGGUGCCCCGUGCUGGCGCUCGCGCUGGCUGCCCUGCUGUGCAAAGUGGUGGAAAGCCGAGGAGGAGUCAUGGACAGCACACAGAGAUUUUCAAACCUGCCGGUAUAUCUCCCCAUGAGCUAUCACAUCUCCAGUGCUGAUGUUUCCUUCUUCCUCAAAGAAGCCAAUCAAGAUAUCAUGAGGAACUCCAGUUUGCAGGCUAGGGUGCAGUCAUUCUUUGUUUACAAAGCCAAGCAGCCACCUGUAGUAAAUGCAACUUAUGGACCUUUUUCAGUGGAACAAGUUGUUCCCGAGGACCUAAUGCUGACUUCUGCUCCUUUUGGUUUCGCUAAUGAAUUCACAUUUAAUUGGAAAUUAAAAUCACACAUAAUCGACAGCUCAAUAUAUUCCAACAGACCUAAAGUGCAAGCCUUGUUCUAUAUUGCGGGAAAGGACUGGGAUGACUAUGAUUCUGCAGAGAGAUUGCCCUGUGUAAAGAUGUUUGCUUUCCUGGAGGCUAGAGAAGCUGUGACCAGCUGUAGGUUGAAAGGUCAUUUAGGAUUAUGUGUCGCAGAACUGGAAUUAUCGCCGAGCUGGUUCAGCUCCCCUCCACCAUUGAUUUUGGAGCAUGAGCAAACAGCAGCCUUGUUGGAGGGCAUUACUGUGGAGCUCUUCUAUGAAAUGUAUGCAGCAGAUGGGGAGUGUUCUCCUGAGGAUGCAAAAUGGGAAAACAACGUACACGCAGGUCAAGAUAAUGCACAUGAGGCUUUGCUGCCUGUGGAGAGGAUUGGUAGCAUCAUUGUCUAUCCAACUCAACAUAAACUAAAACAAUCUUCACUGAAGCUAGAUGAGAACAUCAUGAUCCACUUACCACUCAACCCUGUCAAGGAAGGUGACAUAGUAACCUUUCAUGUGUCCCUUACCGGUGACUCCCUCCCAGAUCAGUUUACAUUAAGAAUUAAGGCAGCACCAGGUGUGAAGAUAAUGGCCAUCAGAGUCAGUGAUGCAGACCAAUGGGGAAUUCAAGAGGAAGUAGACAAUGGAGGGAUGCAGACCACUGCCUCUGUUAUUUGUGUGCGUAAUGAUCCAAAUAUAGAGAGCAGAGCAAACAUCUCCUUCUAUGAGAUCUUGCAGAUGGACUUUGAAAUUGACAAUAGCAGUAGCCUGGCAGGAGCUCAGCAAAUUACCUGGCAGGUGGAAUACCCCAGAGAAGACUCGAUGAGUGAACUGGUGGUCUCAGAGAUCUUUGUCAGCCAAACAACAUUUGCAGGAAUUGUUCCUCUUGCAAUGGAUACAGAAGUCCUCAACACGGCCAUUCUGACAGGGAAGACGGUAUCUGUUCCGGUGAAAGUUGUUGCUGUGCACGAGGAUGGUUCUGUGAUUGAUGUUUCAGAGUCCACUGAAUGUAAAUCAGCUGAUGAAGACGUCAUAAAGGUUUCUAGCACAUGCGACUCCAUCUUUGUUAAUGGCAAGGAAAUGAAGAGCAAAGUGGAUACCAUUGUGAACUUUACUUACCAGCAUUUUACCACCCAGCUAGAAGUGACAGUCUGGGCUCCACGGCUUCCUUUGCAGAUAGAGAUCUCGGAUACAGAACUUAGCCAGAUCAAGGGCUGGAGGAUACCUGUCACAUCCAAUAAGAGGCCAACCCGUGACAGCGAUGAUGAAGAAGAUGAUGAGAGGAAGGGAAGAGGCUGCACCCUUCAGUACCAGCAUGCCAUGGUGCGAGUCCUCACACAGUUUGUAGCAGAGUCUUCUGAUUUUGGAGGCCAGCUGACCUAUAUGUUGGGCUCCGAGUGGCAGUUUGACAUCACGAAUCUCGUGACCAAUUUCAUGAAGGUGGAAGAACCUAAGAUUGCUAAAUUACACGAUGGACGGGUACUAGUUGGUCGUGAACAUGGGAUAACCACAGUUCAGGUGCUGUCACCUCUCUCUGAUUCCAUCUUGGCUGAGAAGACAGUGAUCGUGCUAGAUGACCGUGUAACAAUCACAGACCUAGGGGUACAACUGGUAACAGGCUUGUCCCUGUCUUUACAAAUAAGCAAAGGAAAUAAGAGAGCUAUUGUUUCCACAGCAUCUGCUUGCGAUAUUCUUCAUACUCCAAAACAGGAAGCCAUAGUCAGUGCUUGGAUUUUGUUCAGUGAUGGCUCUGUGACACCUUUAGAUAUUUAUGAUUCCAAGGAUUUUUCUGUCACCAUCACUUCACUGGAUGAGAUGGUGGUAUCUGCCCAGCAAAACCUUCAGUCAAAGUGGCCUCUGGUAGUUGCAGAGGGUGAUGGGCAAGGACCCCUGAUUAAAAUAGAAAUGGUGAUCAGUGAACCUUGCCAGAAGAUGAAGCGAAAGAGCAUUCUGGCUGUUGGGAAAGGAAAUGUCAAAGUGAAAUUGGGUCAGAAAGAUUCCGACCACAAAGGAAGGACCAACGACAUUGAUGAUGUAGAUGAAGAGUUUAACCAUCAUCUGAACAAUGCUAUAGAGAAGACGGCAGAACAGGAGAGGACAGUGCAAGAAUGGGCUAAACAUGGAACCUUUAUUAAUCAUGAAGACAAUGCCAACAAAAGCACAACUUCCAAGUCUCCCACUGAUGAGAAAAAGGCUUAUGAGGAUGGCCUCCAGAAUAACCCAAUGGCUUUCACAAAGUUAACGAUGAAAAAGGCUUAUGAGGAUGGCCUCCAGAAUAACCCAAUGGCUUUCACAAGUUUUCCUACCCAAGUAGAGGUACCAGGGCAAAAUAAUCCCAAUGACCUUGCAUUGACUUCUAGAGGGUUAACUGAUUUGGAGAUUGGCAUGUAUGCCCUGCUGUGUGUUUUCUGCCUAGCAAUUUUGGUCUUCUUAAUUAACUGCGUGGCAUUUGCUUGGAAGUACAGACACAAAAGGUUUGCUGUGAGUGAGCAAGGCAACAUCCCACAUUCUCAUGACUGGGUCUGGCUUGGAAAUGAGAUUGAACUCUUGGAAAACCCAGUUGACAUUUCGCUCCCCUCAGAGGAGUGCACUACCAUGAUUGACAGAGGGAUGCAGUUUGAAGAAAGCAACUUUCUCCUUAAUGGUAGCUCGCAGAAGACUCUCCAUAAUCAGAUCCUCAGAUCUUGUGAGUAUGCUUGUGAGAAAGAAGUUAAAAGUGAACCUAUAAAUCCUUCCGGGCCAAAACGGAAGCGGGUCAAGUUCACUUCAUAUACCACGAUAUUGCCAGAAGAUGGAGGUCCUUACACCAAUUCAAUUCUGUUUGACAGUGACGAUAAUAUUAAAUGGGUAUGUCAAGAUAUGAAUCUUGGUGAUUCCAAGGAACUUAGAGACUAUAUGGAAAGACUGCAAGACAACAUGUAAAAUACUUUCUUAUGUUUGUAUUCACCUUUAUGCCUUCUGUUUUAUGGAUAGUGGAGGAGUCAGUCCAGUCAGCAAUAGGAGAUUACAAAGGAGUCUAACUUUUGGAGGUCCCAAGAUGACUGCACAUCAUUGAGCGGGUACAAGAGGCUGGCUGAGUUAAUCCUGUUUCACUAUAAACCAGGAUGUGUCCCUGAAACAGCUACAUGUAGGUGUUGGAGGAGUCGCACAUGGCUGUUUCAUAUACGGCCUGGUACUAGCUAAAUGCUCAUACAAUUAUGCCCAGACUCAGAGCAGUACAUUUGUUUGUCAGCUCAUGAUAAACAGCGAUUCAGAAAACAAGGGAUUUUUUGGGUUGAUUUUUCUAGUCGUCAUCCUUUGUAAAGCACAGUGGAUAUUUCUUGCAUACAGCCUGAGCCUAGGCUUACUUCAAAAGAAUGAAUCUGUCCAAUUUUAUUUGCCUAUGAGCAAUGCAGCCAAGUAGUCUCAUUUUUUACAGAUACAAACUCCCACAUGUGGUUAAUUUCUUAUCUGUAUUGUUUAGGAAGAUGGUUUGAUUUAGAGAACAUUAAAUAUUUUCUUGGGAGAUUUUUUUUUUGUACCAAAGUGUUCCACAGUAUAUUUACAGUUAUUCAGGUUUUCUAUUCAUGUGCAUCAGCUCUAAAGGAUACCUCUUCAUCACUGAUUAUCUUUCUCCUUCCCAUGCAAAUCUUUAAUAUUUGAAAUGUAGAAACGUGUUAGAAAUCUCACACUGGAAAAGGGUUGUAUCUUCUUACAGGGAACUGUAUAUACAACAAUAAACCCUGGAAAAUAAAAAUCAAGAAGCAGCCCUGGGUUUAUUUUUGUCAUUGACAAUAUGAAAAAUAACUUGAAACAAAGCAGAACACACUUUAAAGCAAAAUGCCUCUCAUGAAACAACAACACUUAUGGAAAUUCUUUGUGGGCAACAUGUUACUUUCACGAUAAAUGCAAACAUAGUAUUGAAAUGCACUGAACAGGAAGCAAAUUGCCUGGGAAAUAAGCAAAGACCUGAAACUGGUAUUACACUACUAAAAUAUAUUAUAUAUAUAUAUAUAUAUAUAUGCUGCAGUUUAGCACUACGUAGACAUCCAUCUACAAUGGCUGGUGCACACAGGCCCUGUCUAAAAGCCAUCUCUAAUCAUAUGUCUGGUACAGAGAAAACCUUUACAACAAGCUCCAUAACAAAAGAAAAUACCGGGCACAGUUAUAUAAUGGCUAUUCCCAACUUUGACAGGAAUGCUGGAGAUUCAAAGCUUCCAUUCCACAAACAUUAUAUUCAUUUUUACAUUGAAGUAUGAUUGAAAUGUGUUGAAAAUUGUAGCAAAGAAACCUUUAUGUCUGAAAUGUCUAAGAGAAGCAAAACAGUACAUUGGGCCCAUCAUGAGAAAAUGUAAUUGACACCUGAUCCAAACACAGCUGCCUCACAUCCCCCAACUCUCCUAAAAUAAUGAACAUAAUAGCACUUUAGUGUGAGCUCAGAUGUACCACAUAUCUUAGUAAACUAACGCUCAAGAUAUUUAACAUAUAGUCUCUCCUUUUCCAGUUGAGCAAAGAUUGCCAGAGAAGUCUUGAUUGCAAUUUUGAACCUGAUUAAUAAAACCAGAAAAUCUUUAUAAAAUUCAGCUCCUCCAGAUUUUUCUGCAUUUUGCUAACGUGUAAGUAGUUAUCCACUCAGUUCAGCAAACUGCUUAGAGUCCAUCCAUAUUCAGCAAAGUACUUAAGCAUAUCUUAAGUCCCAUUGAUCCCAAAAUGACUUAAGUACUUUGCUGAUUCGGGACCAGUAUGUUAACAUUGGACAAGAGUCAGAAGCCACACUGUUUAUACUGAAAGUCUUCCCUCUAAGAACAAGACUUGAAAAGAGCAAAAUGGUAAUUUUAGUGUGUUUCACAUUAGAAGUUAUGUAGCCGUGAGACAAGGAUCACUAAAAGUAGAGUGCACAUAUUUCCAUGCUGGUGUUCCAUUGUGUGCACAUAUAAAAUAAAUGAUUAAGUGGAAAAUACAGAGAAUAUAAAAGGAAUUUAUAGUCUAGCAUGCCUGCUAGUUGAUCUGACUAAGAAUUUCACUUAGGCCAACCCACUCUCCAGUACAGGAUCUGUUUGGUUUUGGAGCCUUGAUUUUUGUUCUACGCAGGAAUCACACACAGCAAGACCACCUAGAUGUUAAGUCUGGUCAUCAGUUACAAAAUACAAACAGUUAAAAAGAUAAGUAAAAGAACUAUAGUAGUUAACAAAAACUCAAUAAACAAAAACAAAAAAAUGGAAACCAGAAUUUAGCGUGCCACACCAAUACAUAGAAUCUGGUAAAGAUGGAAAAUGCUCUGGAAGUACAAAAAUAUAUUAUAGUUAAUCUUUAAAAGAUCUAACAUGGUACAUGAAAGUUCAGAAAUAGAAAGUGACAAUAAAUAAAAAUGCAUAAGGCCAAA